GCUUCCGGCGGCGCGUUAAGUCGCUGGGAGCCUGGGCCAGGCUCGGCAUUCGCGCACGCACACGCACGUGUCCGCCACUGCCUGCGCUAUGCUCCCUCUGCUCCGCUGCGUGCCCCGUGCCCUGGGCCCCGCCGUCUCCGGCCUUCGAUCCGCCGCGCACGCCCCCCAGCUCCGGCACCUACUGCAGCUGGCGCCACGGCCGUCCGCCCGGCCCUUCGGAUUGCUCAGCGUGCGCGCGGGGUCGGUGCGGCGGCCCGUCCUCCUGCGGCCUCCCGGGCCCUGCGCCUGCGGCUGCGGCGCGCUGCACACCGAAGGGGACAAAGCUUUUGUUGAAUUUCUGAGUGAUGAAAUUAAGGAGGAAAAGAAAAUUCAGAAGCAUAAGUCCCUCCCCAAGAUGUCUGGAGGUUGGGAGCUGGAAGUGAACGGAACGGAAGCUAAAUUAGUGCGGAAAGUUGCUGGGGAAAAGAUCACUGUCACUUUCAACAUUAACAACAGCAUCCCGCCAACAUUUGACGGUGAGGAGGAGUCCUCCCAAGGGCAGAAGGUUGAAGAACAGGAGCCUGAAUUGACAUCAACUCCUAAUUUCGUGGUUGAAGUUACUAAGAACGACGGCAAAAAGGCCCUCGUGCUGGACUGCCACUAUCCAGAGGAUGAGGUUGGACAAGAGGAAGAGGAAGAGAGUGACAUUUUCUCUAUCAGGGAAGUUAGCUUUCAGUCCACCGGUGAUUCUGAAUGGAAGGACACUAAUUACACACUCAACACAGAUUCUCUAGACUGGGCCUUGUAUGACCAUCUAAUGGAUUUCCUUGCGGACCGAGGGGUGGACAACACUUUUGCAGAUGAGUUGGUGGAGCUCAGCACAGCCCUGGAACACCAGGAGUACAUUACUUUUCUUGAAGAUCUCAAGAGUUUUGUCAAGAGCCAGUAGAGCACACAGGGACACUGAAAGCCUUUCUUUUAUGGCAAGCUUUGGCCAAUGAACAAAUCCUUCUCUGAAGCCAGACACAUGUGCUUUGAAAUGGUUAUCAUCAUACUAUCAUGGAAAAAAAUAGCAAAUUUAAAUUAUUUCUUUUGCAUUCUCAUUUAGUAUUCAUUUGCUUUUUUUCUGUACAAAUUUAGAUUUUUGUAUAACAUAAUGAUGGACAAUAAAAUUGGUUUAUCUCCUCCAA